UCCAGUGUGUCUCCUGCAGGUGAUGGUUGAUGUGGACGAUAAAAACGAGUGGAGGGAGUGCAUCGACAUCGGAGGAGUUCGACUUCCAACCGGAUAUUUCUUUGGUGCCUCAGCAGCUACAGGAGAUCUGUCCGAUAACCAUGACAUCAUCUCCAUGAAGCUCUACCAGCUGAUGGUUGAACACACCCCCGAGGAAGAGAACCUGGACUGGACUAAAAUCGAGCCGAGCGUCAGCCUCCUCAAGUCGCCCAAAGACAACAUCGACGAUCCGACGGGAAACUUCCGGGGGACGCCCCUCACCGGCUGGAAGGUGUUCCUGCUGCUGCUGUGCGCGCUGCUGGGCAUCGUGGUGUGCGCCGUGGUGGGAGCUGUGGUUUUCCAGAAGAGACAGGAGAGGAACAAGAGGUUCUACUGAGCCGAAGCGAGACAGGAGAACCUCGUCACAGAGGUGUCUGUCUGUCGGUCUGUGGUGGAGUGAACUGUUUCCAGAUCGAGCACAUUCAAUGUGAAUUUUUUUCUAAAGAUUGUACAAAUGUUUAUAUCUUUGAAGCACUGUUUCAGAGUGAAUUCUGCCGGUGAGGAGGUGCAGAACCGGCGGCGACUGUCAUGAGCUGCCGGCUGUUUUUUGUUCUGCGUGUGUUCAUUAACUGCAGGGUUAGAACAGACGGUCUGUCCUUUACAAACUCCCCUCUAAAGAGUGUUUUCAGCUGCUGAUUGGAUCCUGUGCUGCAGAUGUGACACUCCAAACGGCAAACUUUGCCACCAAACGACAAUUUACAGAAGGUUUCCAUCUUUUGUCUUCCGGGCUUUUUUACCUGAUUAUUUAUUUGAAGAAGAAAGUAGCUGCACACACUCAAAGCUGGAUCAAAACAACAUUGUAAUUGUGGUGACUGCAAAAAGAAUUGAGAGCAUUAACCCUUUAAAACUCAGAUCAGCAUCAGUUUUCGCGUGCUGAGUGCAGACGCCUUUCACAAACAUUAAACCUUUGAACCUGGAGCAAAUUGGUUUGAAUUCUUGAUGAGAACAUGUGAAAUAAAAGAUUGAGCAACUUGGCAAGAAACAUCACAAAUAUGGUAAAAAUUAUUUUUAGAAA